AUGAAGAUUGCAAUUACCGGAGCAGGCGGCUUUGUAGGCCAACUCCUCGCCGAACACCUCCUCCUCGCAGACCACGAAGUUCUUCUCAUCGACAUUUUCGAACCACCAGUGCCCACCAAAGCCUCCUCCAAAUCCAAAAAAGCAAAAUGCAUCAAAGCAGAUCUGGUCUCCGACAGUGCAUCAGUAAUCCCUUCGGAUCUAGAUGCCAUCUACAUCUUCCACGGCAUCAUGUCCGCAGGCAGCGAAGCCAAUUUCGACCUAGGAUAUCGCGUAAACCUGCACUCGACGUUGAAUCUGUUGGAGACGUUGAGAAGCAAAUGCAAAGGAGUGAGGGUGGUGUAUGCAUCCAGUACAGCUAUUUAUGGUCAACCUUUACCUCAAUGGCCCUCGGAAGCUACUUUACCUACCCCUUCCUCCUCCUACGGAACACAGAAAUCAAUGAUUGAAUACGCGAUCAAUGAUUUCUCGCGCAGAGGAUUUAUUAAUGGGUUCACGCUCAGAUUUCCUACUAUUUCUGUGAGGCCGGGCAAGCCUACGCAAGCUGCUUCGUCGUGGAUGAGUGGGAUGUUUAGAGAGCCUUUGCAAGGUAUCCCCUCAUCUUUGCCUUGUGGAGAUGAGUUUGAGGCUUGGUUGUGUUCGCCACGCAUCCUGGUCGCCAAUCUCCUGCAUGUGUUGACUUUGGAAAGAGAGAGUUUGCCUUCUCACAUGCGUCAGAUCAAUUUACCGGGUAUCACUGCUAGUGUCAAGGAGAUGCUGCAAGCACUGGAAGAAGUGGGAGGCAAGCAAGCGGUGGAGUUGGUAAAGAGAGAGGAACCCACCAAGGAAAUCAAAGAUAUGUUGGAUUCGUGGCCGAUUAGAUUUGAUGUUAGUAAAGCGAUGAGUUUGGGAUUCAAGAGAGACGAGAGGUUUAGAGAUGCAGUUGAGGAUUUCAAGAAGAGUUUGCAAGAGUAG